AUGGAGUCAACAUCAAACAUCGCUGGCAAAUUGGCAGCUGAGGAGCAUCCACAGCUUGAUGUUGAGUUUGCAGAGGAGGAUGAUGAGGUGUCGAUUUCUGACGGUGGUGGGGACGAAAUGAAAGAUGUUCAGGUUGAUGCGCCUUGGCAUUUGGAUAGAAUCGAUCAAGAGUCGCUGCCGCUUGAUGGCGCAUAUCAUUUUCCUAAAAGUGCUGGUACUGGGGCUGAUAUUUACAUCGUUGACACUGGUGUAAAUCCACACCACGUCGACUUGUAUCCACGAGUUAUAUUUGAAGUCAGUACUAGUUCUUCAUCUCCAUCGCUACAGGAUGAGAAUGGACAUGGUACUCAUUGUGCAGGAACAAGUGCAGGUCGAAAGUAUGGUGUAGCCAAGAAUGCAACCAUAGUCGCAGUCAGAUCACUCAAUGCUGCUGGCAAGGGACCAUUCAGUGAUGUGAUUCAUGGACUUCAGUGGGUUGCAAAUCGUGUCCAGCAGAAUCGUGGGCGGCCAGCUAUCGUCAAUCUCUCAGUACAAGGAAAAGCUAGUGGAACACUUACGAAAGCUGUUGUUGCAUUGGCUAAUAUGGGUGUUCAUGUUACUGCUGCUGCUGGUAACUCUGGUGAAGAAGCAUGCAUUCAUUCUCCAGCAAUCGCCAGCAAGAACUCUACAGUCAUUGCAGUUGGAGCAACAGACAUCCACGACGAUAUAGGCGUGUACUCCAACUAUGGAGAGUGUGUCACGAUCUUGGCUCCAGGUUCGAAUGUCGUGUCUGACUAUAUUGGAGACAACGACUCGACAAAGCAACUUACUGGAACAUCAAUGGCUAGUCCACAGAUUGCAGGCGUCAUUGCCAAUCUCAUUGCAAGUGAACGUGUUGAUAAUGAUCCGAAGCUGGUGAAGCAGUACCUGUUGGAACAUGCAUCAACGGACGUGAUUUCGAGCUCUGAUGGUGGAUCUGUGGAGUAUGCUCCUUUUGUGUAUCUGAACUAG